AUGAUUAUACUCUCUGAGGUAAGUCAGCCAUCUGUUGGAGUUCGACUUUCGCAACCUCAGGUAGUUGCCUAUAUGGAUGGUCAUUGUGCUGGUGAGGGCACAUUGUGCGUUAGCGAAAGCCAGGUAACAUGGAUUUGUCGCUCCUCUGGACUAGGUUUUUCAUUGACAUACCCUUCUAUUAUUCUCCAUGCGAUCUCUACCGAUCUCAGCACUUUUCCUCAUGAAUGCAUAUAUGUCCUAGUGGAUGCCUCCAAAAGUGAGCGACGUAGAAGACGAACAAUCCCACUUUAUACUGCAACGGAAACGCGAAAUGUGCAAGAUCUCCACCUUGCUGAGGAAGAACUCAAUCAAAAUGGAAACGCAUCCGAUGAAGAUGAUGACGAGGAAGGGAAGAAUGUAGUUAUUAGAUUUGUGCCUGCGGACUCCAGUGUCUUGCAAGAAAUAUACUCUGAGAUGUGCGCUUGUCAAGAACUUAAUCCUGACGAAGGCGAUGAUUUCUCAGAUGACGAAGGUGACGGUUCUAUGGCGAUCGAUGGUGAUGUAGAUGCAAUGAUGAGUGGAGAUGGUUGGUACACAGCCGCAAAUAUUGGCGAUGGUGAGAAUAUCGAGUUGAGUGAAGAAGGUAGAGCAAAUCUGAGACGUAUGCUUAAUCAGUCGAACAACGGCCAUGGUGACCAAGGCGAGUGUGAAGAAGAUGAGAUGGAGGAGCAGUGA